UCACUCUCAAGGCACGCAACACACCGAGGGUGGUGGUGAAAAAUCCGUCGGGCUGAGAAAACGAAUCUGUUUUUUGGCGCAGGCUGAGAAAAAUCAACCCACAAGCAAGCAUCGACGGAGGCGGCAACAACGGGUCUCCCCAUAAACUACCGACAAUCUCGCUAUUUCUUCAAAGACCAAAGGCGGUCCCCGUAUAUAUCUGGUAUACAUCAUCAUGUUAUUUAUGUGUCACCAAAUGGCCAUGAAGAAGGAGGCCGAAGAGAAGCUCAAAGCCGAGGAGCUCCGUAAGGCUAAAGCCGCUUCUGACAUCCCCAUUAUCUGGAUCUUGGGCGGACCCGGCUGCGGCAAGGGCACUCAGUGCGCCAAAAUUGUGGAGAAAUACGGAUUCACACAUCUGAGCACCGGCGAUUUGCUGCGCAAUGAGGUCGAGUCUGGCUCAGACAAGGGUCGUGCCUUGCAGGCUGUAAUGGCCAGCGGUGGACUGGUCUCCAACGAUGAGGUGCUGUCCCUGCUCAAUGAUGCUAUUGGUCGGGCCAGAGGCGGUUCUAAGGGUUUCCUCAUCGACGGCUAUCCCCGGGAGAAGAACCAAGGGGUUGAGUUCGAGGCGCGCGUUGCUCCCGCCGAUCUGGCCCUGUACUUUGAGUGCUCCGAGGACACGAUGGUGAAGCGCAUUAUGGCCCGUGCUGCCGCUGCUGCUGUCAAAAGGGCUGAUGACAAUGAGGCUACCAUUAGGUCGCGUCUGAAGACUUUUGCCUUGAACACCAAUGCCAUCCUAGAACUCUAUAACGAGAAGACCCUCACGAUCAAUGCCGAGCGCGAUGUGGAUGACAUUUUCCUGGAGGUUGUCCAGGCCAUUGACUGUGUGCUUAAAAAUAAGCAGAAAGCCGCUGCCCUGUGCUAGUUGAAGGCGAAAUCAAAGCCAAAACCAAAGAGUUGGCAAUGCAAACCAAAAAUUAAUAAAUUAAUGCACUUUUUAGCGCGAAUCUCACAGGCUCAAAUGAAAGCAAAAAAACACCAAAUAAAUUAGUUCUAAAUCAUUAAUAUGUUACCAUAUGCAAAGGCCUUAUUCUUCAAACUAUUGCUUUAAAUAAAAUACAAAUAGAAAUGGGAA